UACCAAUUCCUUGAAGAGCUCCUUGAUGCAGCUCCAGUGUCAUUUUACAUGGACUUUACUGAAAGAGGAUGUGGAUCUAGAUAACCUAGAGGAAACAAUAGGUGAUCAGAUCAAGUUUUUUGCAAAUUACAACAUAAAAAAUUACAAUCUACUGUCCUAUGUAUGCCACCUAAACAAUUCAAAUGAGGAAGCCCUGAAAUAUCUCCAACAAGCUGAAGAAGAAGUUAAGAAAAAUUACCCAGAUGAAAUUGCUAGGAGAAGUCUUGUUACCUGGGGGAACUAUGCCUGGAUCUAUUACUACAUGGGGAGAUACGAAGAAGCUAAAACUUACGUAAGCAAAGUGGAAAACAGCUGCAAAAAGCUUACAAGUACUGCUCCAGGGAAGAUUCAGCUUCCAGAGAUCUAUGCUGAACAAGGAUGGGCAUUAUUAAAGUUUGGGGGAAAAUACUACCAGAGAGCAAAGGAUUGUUUUGAAAACGCUCUGAAGAAUGAACCCGAUAACCCAGAAUUUAAUGCCGGCUAUGCCAUAGUAAUGUAUCGUUUGGAAGAUUUUUCUCUGAGACAAUGUGAAGAUGUAAGCCCAUCCCUUGAGGCCCUGAAGCGUGCAUUAGACCUGAAUCCAAAGGAUACUUUUAUUAUGGCCUUACUUGCAUUGAAACUUCAGGACCUAGAGCGAGUUGAUGAAGGGGAGAGGUAUAUUGAAGCAGCAAUGCAGAAAACACCUGAUCUUCCUUAUGUCUUGCGAUAUGCUGCUAAAUUUUAUAGAAGGAAAAAAGAAGUGGACAAGGCACUGGAGAUUUUGAAGAAGGCUCUAGCAGUGACACCAAAAUCAACCUUUUUGCAUCACCAACUAGCAGUCUGCUACAAAGAAAAGCUGUUUCAAAUGAAAAGGUCUACAAGAUAUCCACCUCAAGAGCAAGUGGAAGAACUCACCCGACUUUCCAUUUUUCAUUUUAAAGUAGUGACUGACCAAAAUACAAAAUGUUUUGCUGCCUGUAGUGGCCUAGCAAACAUGUAUGCACAAGCAAAGAGGUAUGAAGAAGCAGAAGAGACAUUUCAGAAAGCAUUUCAGAUAAAUAUACUAUCCUAUGCUGAUAAACAAGACCUCUAUUACCAUUAUGGCACUUUUCAGCGUUUUCAGAUGAAAUCAGAAUCUGAAGCCAUCAGGAAUUACACAGAAGGGCUGAAAAUUGAAAAAGAUUCCUAUGGAAGACAAAAAUGCAUUAAUGCCCUGAAGCAAUUGUUAGAAAAGAGAAUUCAGAAAGGUUUGAGAAAUGCAACAGAUUUUGGUACACUUGGAUUCAUUCACAAUCUAAAUGAUGAGAAACAGAAAGCAAUUGAGUGCUAUGAGAAAGCCAUUGCAUUGUGUCCCAACAAUGAAGAAUAUCUGAGUGCAUUAUGUGAGCUACGACUUUCCAUCACAAGCUAA